AUGAAUUCUGAUAAUGGUUUUAGUUCCCAUGAUCCUCAUACACCACAGUGGCGUGUGGAUCCCUGUCAAUUGGAGGACACUGCACCCGAAAUGGAGGAUCCGGUAAGACUGUUUCAUGGCCGUGUGCGCAUAGUAUGGGAACAUCAGAAUCAUACCUUAAACUCUAAACUAAUGGUAACCGUUUUGGGUAAGGGAGAUGAGUGUCGCAGUGAAAAGAAACAUCAAUGUUUGAGAAUAGGCGAUGAUCCCAUUUUGUGUAUAUCUAAGGACUUAAUAUGCGAUGGCAUACGUCAUUGCCCCUAUAGCAAUGAAUACGACAGUGAUGAGGAUUAUACUAUGUGCUGGAAACGUAGUCGCCUAGGAGAACCCAUGCCACCCUCUAUGGAAUCGGAUAUUUUUGAACAUUUUGCUUUGGAGGUAUUUCGCAAUCUAUUUGCCUUUGAUGUGCCCUCUAUAGCCAAAGGCAGCACCAGUAAACCUCUGCUAGAAUCGGACGAUGAUGUCUCUGAGAAGCCUAUAAGUAACAAAACCACUUUACAUAAGGUGGAAGGAGGUAAAGAAUUUAAUGAAACUCUAACAGAGGAACAAGACUCAGGAAAAUCCAAUACUACUCUAACUAUAGGCAAGGCCGAUAACUCGUCUAGUUUGUCGGGAAAUCAUCAUCGGCGCAAUUCAACACGUACGGGUGUUAAUUCGGAUUUGUCCAAAUAUGGUCCUUGGGGUUAUCUUAUGCUGGGCAUGUUAUUAUGCGGUGGUGCUUUAUUGAUUUGUGGUUUAUGGGCCUCUGCUUCUCAACAUGCGGCCAAUAAUGAACGCGAAUCAGCAUUACAAUCGGCCAAUGCAGCAGCCGCCAUGGGCCAAGAUAAUCAUUCGAAUACUACAGCUCCACCUAACUAUGAAGAAUUGGAUCCACCACCUGCCUAUUCUGUGUUGUUUCCCAAUCAAAAAGCCGCCUCGAGCAAUACUUUGAAUUCACUGGAAGUGGCCAGCUCUCCGCCUUCCAUGACACACCUACAAUUAUCGCCCUCUGCAGCUCCCAGUAGUAGAUCUACUGCGAGAGUUGUGUCUGAAAGGGCUAGUGGCAGUAGUCAUUUACCAACUCACAGCAACAAUUGAAAUGUGUUCUUUUUUAACUUUAUAAAUUAUUUAGUUUUAUACUCUCUACUUU